AAUUUCAUCGUACGCAACAACACGCACACAGAAACGCACUGUUUCUCCAAUGGAUCGAGUACUUCAAAGGACCAAAAUCCUAAACAAUCAUCUCCUCCAAGCGUCUCCUUCUUCACCUCCUCUUUCUUCAAACGCAUGCUUGAAUUAUUCUCCCCCUGAACUUUCCGAAAUUUGCGCAUUCGAUGUCAAAGAGAUGCGGCGGCUAAUCGACUGGCACCACAUGGAGUUAAGGGACCAUCUGUUCGGGAUGAUAAGCCGGAGCAAGCUGUUCAACCCGAGGGUGAGGGGAGGGAAGGUGUUCGUGUCUCCCGACUAUAACCAGCCCAUGGAGCAGCAAAGGGAAAUGACGUCGAAGCGCAUCGACUAUUUGUUUGAAAGAGGGGUGUUCAAAGGUUGGUUAACGGAGGAAGGAGAAGAGGUCGAGUUGAGAAAGUUCGCUUCCUUCGAGGUUCUGGCUAUCUGCGAUCAUUCCUUGGGAAUUAUGCUCGCAGUUCACUUCUUCUUGUGGGGUGGUGCCGUCCAAGUAUUCGGCACAAAGCAUCAUCAUGACAAAUGGUUGAAAGACACAGAAACGAACGUCGUCAAGGGUUGCUUUGCGAUGACAGAGUUGGGGCAUGGAAGCAAUGUGCGCGGAGUUGAAACAGUAGCGACAUAUGAUUCGAACGCAGGGGAGUUCGUCAUUAACACACCUUGUGAAUCAGCUCAGAAGUUUUGGAUUGGUGGAGCUACCAAUUAUGCAACACAUGCAAUAGUCUUUUCACAGCUAAAUAUCAACGGAACCAGUCAAGGGGUUCAUGCAUUUAUAGUCCAAAUUAGGGAUGCUAAUGGUAAGGUAUGUCCGAACAUUCGGACUGCAGACAAUGGUCGGAAAACUGGUUUAAACGGUGUCGAUAACGGUCGAAUCUGGUUCGACAAUGUUCGAGUUCCCAGAGACAACUUGUUAAAUUCAGUCGCUGAUGUUUCACCUGAUGGAAAAUACCUAAGUUCAAUUAAAGACCCUGAUCAGAGAUUUGCUGCAUUCCUGGCCCCUCUGACUAUAGGUCGUGUGAGUAUUGCAUCCUGUGCCGUUUAUCUGUCGAAGGUUGGUUUAACGAUUGCCAUUAGGUAUGCGCUAACAAGGCGGGCCUUUUCUCUUAAACCGAAUGAACCCGAGGUCUUAUUGCUUGAUUACCCUAGUCAUCAACGACGACUUUUGCCUCUUAUUGCAAAGACCUAUGCUAUGAGUUUUGCAUCGAAGUACUUGAAAACGUUGUAUGUGAAGAGGACACCUCAUUCAUACAAAAACAUUCAUGUAUUUUCAAGUUCGUUCAAAGCUACUUUUACUUGGAAUAACUUGCACAUACUUCAGGAAUGCCGUGAAGCUUGCGGAGGACAAGGAUUAAGUUCCGAGAAUCAUGUCGGUCAAAUGAAAGCCGAAUUCGACGUGCAGGCCACUUUCGAGGGGGACAACAACAUUUUGAUGCAGCAGGUCAGCAAGGCUCUACUUGCCGAAUAUGUGGUUGUUAUGAAGAGAAAGAAGGUUUUCAAGGGUCUAGGCUUAGAACACAUGAAUAAGCCCUGCCCUGUCAUUCCAUCACAGCUUACUUGCACAACACUCCAUUCAAGUCAAUUCCAGAUGGCAGCCUUGUGCUUAAGGGAGAGAGAUCUUUUGAAUCGAUUAGCAUUCGAGGUCUCGCAGCAUCAAGCCAAAGGACUAAGUAAAGAGCAUGCCUUCAAUAUGAGUUAUCAGCUAGCAGAGGACUUGAGCAGAGCUUUCACAGAUCGAGCGAUAUUCCAAACGUUUUCCGAGGCAGAAGCAACUUUAGCUUCCGGUCCAUUGAAGGAUGUGCUAGGCAUAUUGAGAUCAUUGUAUGGACUAAUAUGUCUCGAAGAUUCAGCGUUUCUCCGAUACAGGUACCUAUCGGUGGACAACAGUGCUCUGGUGAGGAGAGAAAUAAUGAAAACAUGCGGCGAAAUUCGACCACAUGCACUUGCUUUAGUGAGUUCCUUUGGCAUCCCUGAUGCUUUUCUGAGCCCUAUAGCUUUCAACUGGAUUGAUGCAAACGCAUGGGCUUCAGUUCAGCACUGAUAGGGUGUUCUCCCUACCAAUUCGAGCUAAACGAAAGGCCUACUCAUUUUGUAAUAAGCGAGCCUUCAUCGGAUG